AUGUUCCACUCAACCUUUCUCUUUUCUAUCAUCGUCAUCAUCAUCUUCAUCAGUUCUGCAAUUGCUCAACCAAAUAUCGGUUGUUCAAACGACAAUGGAAAUUACACAGACAACAGCACAUACAGAGCCAAUCUUCAACGAAUCCUCUCUUCUCUCCCGACCGACAAACGCAUUGUCGAAGGCUUCCUCAACGUCUCCUAUGGCGAAAAAUCCGACAGAGUGAACGCGGCCGCACUGUGCAGAGGAGACGUUACCCCAGAGCUCUGCCGUAGUUGCCUCAACGAUUCUGUUUUGGAGCUUCCAAAAAGAUGUCCCAAUCAAAAGGAGGCCGCGAUUUGGUACCUCAAUUGCAUGUUUCGCUAUUCGGAUCGACGUAUUGUUGGGGUUGUCCGAGAUAUUCCAACUUUUUGGAUGUGGAAUAUUGAAGAUGCGAUGGACCAAAAGAGGUUCGGUCAGGUGGUGCAGGGGAUGCUGGCUCAGCUUGCAGGGGAGGCUGCUAUGGGGGAUUCUAAGCUCAAAUUUUCUGCUGGGAAUGUCACUACUGACAGUGAUGAUUAUUGGAUUGUUUAUGGGAUGAUGCAGUGCACGCCCGAUAUUUCACAGGCACAGUGCCUGGAUUGCUUGCAAAUUGUUGCUGGGGUUGUUCAAACAUGGUGUCCAGGGAAAAUUGGAGCCAGAAUUAUUAGACCCAAUUGUUAUCUUCGGUAUGAGAUUUUCAGCUUCUUUGACUCUACAGCUGUUUCAAGAGUUUCCCGUUCGACCUCGCCACCGACACCGCUAUCCCCUCUCUUGCCAGUCUCACCUCCCCCUCUUUCACCAAAUACAACCACCAAGGCAGAAGAAAACGAGUCCAAGAGAUUGAAGACUGUCGUCGUUAUAGUUCUGCCAGCUGUUGUGGUUGUUCUAAUUGUGGUAUUAAUGGUCAGCACCUUCAUCUUCUUAAGAGCAAGAAAACAAAGGGUUGGAGUUGCAAGUUCAGAAGUGGAUGAUACUGCAGAUUUGGAGACUUUGGUAUUUGACAUCAGUACUAUAAGAACAGCAACAGAUGACUUCUCAGAUGAAAAUCAAAUUGGACAAGGUGGAUUUGGAGCUGUUUACAAGGGAAGCCUUGUAGGACAAGAAAUAGCAGUGAAAAGACUCUCCCAGAAUUCCAUGCAAGGAGAAAGUGAGUUUAAGAAUGAAGUCCUGUUAGUGGCUAAACUUCAACACCGGAAUUUGGUUCGGUUUCUCGGUUUCUGCCUGCACGAAGACGAAAGGAUUCUCGUGUUCGAGUUUGUGCAGAACUCAAGUCUUGAUAAAUUCAUAUUUGAUCCAUUGAAACGUCAAGAUUUGGACUGGGAAACACGCUACAAAAUCAUUGGAGGCAUUGCUAGGGGCCUUGUUUAUCUUCACGAAGAUUCUCAAGUUAAAGUUAUUCAUCGAGAUCUCAAAGCCGCAAAUAUUUUAUUAGAUGCAGAAAUGAAUCCUAAAAUUUCAGAUUUUGGCAUGGCAAAGUUGUUUCAAGAAGGUCAAACACGAGGAAAUACAAGUAGAGUUGUCGGCACUCAGGGAUACAUGGCUCCAGAAUAUGCAAUCUAUGGGGCAUUUUCAAACAAGUCGGACGUGUUUAGUUUUGGUGUGUUAGUUUUGGAGAUUGUGACUGGCCAAAAGAACAGCUCUUUCUAUCAGGAAGAGAAGAUAGAUGAUCUUAUAAGCUAUGCGUGGAGAAACUGGAGGGCAGGAACAACACUAAAUGUUGUAGAUCCCAUACUGAGAGGUGGCCCAACUAAUGAAAUAAUGAAAUGUAUCAACAUUGGGUUGCUCUGUGCUCAAGAAAAUUCAGCUGACAGGCCAACUAUGGACACUGUGCUUCUCAUGCUUAACAGUGACACGAUCACUCUACCAAUACUUUCUCCACCAACUGAUUUCAUGAAUAGGAAACCCAUAUCAGACAUUUCUUCACUAGAUAGGUCUGGUUCACAUGUGAUAGAGAUGGAAUGA